AGAUCCUGGCCUUCUGCCCCACAGUCCAGUAAUUUCGAGACAUUUCUCAGAAAUCACUCCGGUUUGCAUAGAAACUCGAGAUAAUCCUGUACGGCCGUGGUCCUUAGCAACGAAAGAUGGCGUUCCUUUUGCGUCCUCAUAUCGAUAUCCUACGCAUUUUUCGAUGUUUUGUUUGGCAGGAUUCAAAACUUUUUAUUUGCUUUUCUUUCAAAGACAAGUGAAUCGAACCUUGACUGCAACUAAUAAUUCUACAAAUGCGAUAUCAACAGCCAGUGGAGCUACAUGUAUCCAACUUUUUCUAGCUAUUCCUCUCCGACGUCUUUGCUAAAUCUGCGACUGUUGCACAUCUCCCAAACAACGGGAGCCCGGGCGUGUUUUUCGCCCCGCUGGUGAGAGUUUUCCUGCUGUAGUUCGUCUUUGACAGCUGACACACGCUUGUUGUGCUUGUAGAGACGUGGAGAGGUCUUCAGGAAAGCGUCAAUGGGCUGUGAAAUGCUUCAACUGGAAGUAUCGCCGAACGUUGUUGCAGUUGGAGCGUCUUUGCUGGUUUGCGCCAUUCUGACGGGUCGCUUUUGGCGCCUGUAUUCUCAAGAUGCUGCUGUUUUUAGCAGCAACGACUUAGUUCUGUUCGUCGUUGCUCAUCCGGAUGAUGAGUGCAUGUUCUUUGGGCCCACGGUCAUUUCUGCCGUCCGCGAUGCGGGAGCUCGCUCAGUUCAUCUACUGUGCCUAUCGACAGGAAACUAUUAUGGUCAAGGUGCGCAGCGGAGGACGGAGCUUGUGGCUAGUUGCAGCCAACUUGGCAUUCCAGUGGAUAAUGUUUCUAUCUUGGAUUCUCCUGAGCUACAAGAUGGCGCUGAUUGGUCGGCACAAGCUGUUGCUCAGCACCUGAAGACACCCUUGGCAAACCACCGCUUCACCAAGCUUGUGACGUUUGAUGCUCAUGGUGUCUCAGGCCACACGAAUCACGUAUCCGCAUACCAUGGUGUAAGAUGGCUCGAAGAAAGUGGUGACCUUCCAGCUCAGCUUGAAGUCUUCAGUCUGGAGAGCGUGAACCUUGUGGCGAAGUACACUGGACUGCUUACCUGUUUCCUGGCAGAACACCCAGAGAGUAUCAUCAUCACAUCCGACGUCAGUGGCUGGGUCAAAUCUGUGCGGGCUAUGCUGCGGCAUGGGUCUCAGCUGCUCUGGUUCCGCUACCUCUUCGUUGCAUUCUCACGCUACAUGUGGCGCAACACACUCACCAGACUGCAGCCAACGCACCACGAAGCGGGCUGAUGCUUGAAGACGAAGAUGAGCAGAGAGCUACGUUUGGGCUCGGCGUCUUAUGUAUAUGCUGUCGAAGGGCCAUAGUCGCAAGAUCAGCGUGGAAGAUCACAAGAGGUGAGCCAGUACUUCUUCAAUCUUGCCAACAAUCUCUUGUGGACUUGUGCAAUGAUGGAUUGUGAGCUUAGCGCUGCUUGCCGAGUCACACUCGCACACACGAUGCUAUUUCCAGGAGCUGCCUUGUGUGUGUGUGUGUUUUCAGAGAAGGGUGUGACCAGAUUGAAAAGCGAGGCACGUGAACGCUGCAGCCAUACUGCAUCAGUGACUCGGUGACGCACUAAAGGGGGGGGGGGGGGCUUUCACCCUCCCCCCCCCCCUUCCACUCGUUCAACCCUCGUCUGUAUACAUACCGGUCCCUCGCCUUCGGCCCCUGAAGGCCGGACGGGAACAGCCUUGAAACAGGCGUGCAGGCAUGAAUACGAUGGUGUUGGUCCGGCGCAUGCCAACACCCAUUGUUGUCGAGUAUUUCAUUUAUCCUGCUACACGUGCAUGUGCAGAUAGACUGCCUUUAAUUCAAACCUCCAAUCCCCAGGCCCCAGCUUCUCUCACCACCCGCAACUUGGAAUCAUACCAUUGUGUUAGUCCUCUCUUCAUACACUUCAUCAUCAUCAUCAUCAUCAUCAUCUGCGUUGCUGAAAAAAAAUAAUAAUAGUAAAAUUUAAAAAAUAAUAAUAACCAGCAUUAUGCAGCUGUGUAAGCAGUAGAUGCACAUUCAUACAUUUACUACACUUUGAACUGCUCAAUACUAAGAAGAGCAGAGCUUCCUUGCCAAUAAGGCGGUCCAAGGCUUCAUUAUUGUCACUCAAGUUUAACGCUUCACGUCAGGCUAAAGCCAUUCUA